AUGUUUGCUUCUAUUGACGCUCUGCUAUGCUCGAACGCAGGUUCGGCUAUCGACACUCCGUUAAACUACUGCAUCGAAGAUGGUAAACUCAGGAGGUCAUCCCAAUGCAAUGACUCCACGCCUCUCGCUAUUCCUCAUUGCCAGUCAUCAAUACUUUCCUCUACAGCUACUCCUUGUCCUACCAUACAACAAACAAAUACCACUGUGCCAGUAUCUUCCUCGCUGUUCUCGAUCCCACCAAAUUUCUCAGCUGAUCGGCUACAGUACCCACUACUUACACCGUCUGUACCUCUACUAUAUGACCAGCUGGCAUUAACCUUGGGAGCUUGGCAAACAUGGGGCAAAAUGCGACGUCCACGCACUGCAUUCACCAGUGAGCAACUCAUCGAAUUGGAACGUCAAUUUGGCGAGAACAAAUACCUCAGCCGACCGAGGCGAUAUCCAACUCGCACAGGAGCUUUGUCUCACUGA